AUGGGCUCCCCUCUUGCCCUCUGGACUCACCUUGUCCAAACCUACUCUCCAUACCAGAUCGAAUUCUGGGGCACUCUCCUAACCCAACUCCUCUUCUUCUGGAUCCCCGCGGUAUCAUACACCUUCCUCGACCCCCUCUUCCCCUCCUUCUCCGCGCGCCACAAAAUCCAACCGCCUUUCAAACAACCAUCUGCCGCCGAAAUCCGCCACUGCGCCCUCAUCGUCCUGCGCAACCAAUGCUUCAACAUCUUGUCUUCGUUAGCCCUCACCACCCUUGCCAUCCGCUCCGGCCAGGGCUCCCGGUUUCACAUCUCUGCCUCCCCGCCUGACUUCUGGAGCGAAAUGGCCUGGCAGAUUCCCUUGUGCAUCAUGGCCCGCGAAUCCAUCUUCUAUUACAUCCACCGGCUCCUCCACACCCCGCGCUUCUACAAGAUGAUUCACAAGAAGCAUCACGAGUUCACUGCGCCCACGGCUUUAUCCGCUCAAUACGCGCACCCCAUCGAACACAUCUUUGCCAACACCUUACCGAUUGCGAUCCCCGCGAUGGUGUUGGGUGUGCAUAUCCUGACGUUUUGGACUUAUUUAGCUAUCAUGCUGGUGGAGACGGCGACGGUGCAUAGCGGGUACGAUUUCAAAUUGUUUGGGGUGCUGGAAAUGGCGAGGGAUCAUGAUGCCCAUCAUGAACUGUUCAAUGUGGAGCUUGGUGCGAUUCCGGGGUUGAUGGAUAAGCUGCAUGGGACGGAUUUGAGGAUGCCUGGUUCAAGUGCAUGCCCGUACAGUACACUACAGUACUGCGUGUGCAAGCUGCAUGUCAAAGAUGAUGAUGACAGUAUCUGA